UCCAACCUCAAACGGUUGACUAUAGUCUUAGUUCUCUAACAAAAGCUGGAGGUAAAAUGCAUGAUUUAAAUAUGGUAGAGAAAGAUGUUUUCCAACUGUGUGGAUUGCAAAACGAGAUAUGGUAACCUUUUUAAAGCUCAACAUUCGGAAAACUCAGAUAAUGGCAUCCGGUCCCAUCACUUCAUGGCAAAGAGACAGGGAAAUAGUGGCUGACUUUAUUCUUCUGGACUCCAAAAUCAUUGCAGAUGGUAAUUGCAGCCAUGAAAUUAAAAGAUGCUUACUCCUUGGAAGGAAAGUUAUCACCAACCUAGACAGCAUAUUAAAAAGCAGAGACAUUACUUUGCCAACAAAGGUCUGUCUAGUCAAGGCUAUGGUUUUCCCAGCAGUCAUGUAUGGAUAUGAGAGUUGGACUAUAAAGAAAGCUGAGCACUGAAGAAUUGAUGCUUUUGAACUGUGGUGUUGGAGAAGACUCUUGAGAGUCCCUUGGACUGCAAGGAGAUCCAAUCAGUCCAUCCUAAAGGAAAACAGUCCUGAAUAUUCAUUGAAAGGACUGAUGUUGAAGCUGAAGCUCCAAUACUUUGGCCACCUGAUGCGAAGAGCUGACUCAUUGGAAAAGACCCAUAUGCUGGGAAAGAUUGAAGGCAGGAGGAGAAGGGAACGACAGAGGAUGAGGUGGUUAGAUGGCAUCACCGACACAAUGGACAUGAGUUUGAGUAAACUCUGGGAGUUGGUGAUGGACAGGGAGGCCUGGCAUGCUGCAGUUCAUGGGGUAACAAAGAGCCGGACACAACUGAGCCACUGAACUGAACUGAACCUUUUUAAGUCAAAUACAAAGUAGAAAUAAUGAUGUCUGUCUUGACUGCGUCACAUUAUGCUUGUGUUUUGAACCAGUCCAUUAUUCCAUGUCCAGCUCUAACUGUUGCUUCUUGACCAGCUUCUCAGGAGUCAGCAUGCAGAUGGAACUUGCGCCCCAUGAAGUAGAAGCUUGGAAUCUUAGCCACUGGACCACCAGGGAAGAUCCCAACCAUUUUCAGAACAAUAUCUGCAAGCUGAAGGCCAGCUGCAAACAUAGUUUCAAAGUACCCCUUCCCCUAUCUGCAACUAUGUAACCAUUUUGAACUCCAAUCAAUUCUUACUUAAAGAAGCACCCUUAUUUCUUGCCAACUUCAAUCCUAAUUCUUGACAAUUUAUGGAACAUAAAUUGUAGUUUGGGCUUUUAUAAAUUUCCCCUAUUUUGUAAAUCAGGAGUACCUUUCAAUUAUUUUGUUUUUUGUUUUUGUUUUUGUUUUUUUCUUUCAAUUAUUUUGAUUUGUGCCUUCUGAGAGAUAACAUUCCUUACAAACCACAAAUCAAGUCUUCUGAGUAUGGGUGUGUCCUCAACCAGAGUUUCUUUCCUCAGAAGUCUUGGUUACCUCAGGUUGAACCUCAGAGACAAAGCCUUGUCCACAUCUCUGCUAGGCCAAGGCGAUUGCCAGGCUGUGACACCUUCUGCAGACUUUCUUUUGCUCUGCCAGGAAGGCACCCAGUGUGGCAGACAGCCUGAGUAAAGGUUCGUUCUCUUAGAUCCACCAUUAGUCUACCAGCCCCCAUCAGGCACUUGGCAGUUUGAAGAGGAGCCAAAGACCAGCAACCUUCAGGCAUCCUGUUUACGCCUGUUCUGACUUCCUCUUUUGCCUUGAAGCCCUGAGAAAUAACAGGAAGCAGAACUGGAUUAAAACAAAGCUGGUAAAAAAAAUCUAUAAAUAAAACAAAGCCAGUAUGUGACAUCCAGACGGAGGGGUACCUAGUGUCAUCUGGUUUACGAUCAGCGCUUGUUUUCUAGUCCCUGCAUCUGGUGCCUCCCCCAAGUCUGGGCAGAAGACUGAGGCCUAGAAGUGAGAGACUCUCCAGGAGAUGCCGUGGAUGGUGAGAUGUGUGUGUGAGGACUCAGGGAAACCAGAGGGCGUGGCGGCAGCAGCAGUGUUUGCAGUCCUGAGACCAGCAAACCCCUUCGGCCAGCGGCAGGUCACACUGAAGAGGAACGGCCACCAGGAGAGCCAAGGAGAGGAUGAAGAAACCGCCUUCCCUGGUUUCACUCGGCCAUGACUGAAGCCAAGUCCCUGUGUUCUUGUCUUUUGAAGUAGAAUGCCAGCUCAAGAGUCAGUCAUCGGGAAAUAUGAAGAUGCAGAAACAAAGACUAGUUGUUGGGCUGGGGAAUUGGUGGCAGAUUAGAUUAUAAUUCUGCCAUAUGGCUGAAUCACUGAACUCCAAGUUCUCUGAAAGAUAUAGACAAAGGCCUGACACACAUUCCUAAGCUGUUUUAACAGGAGUGGAUCCUCUCCAGAUGAAAACUGCUGACCGUCAGGACACUGAUCCUAGACUGGUUGAGACCAGAAGACUGAAGAUGCUUGAAACUUCACCUUGAUGCCAACCAAUCUGAGAGUUGUCCUUGCCCUGCUCCUUGAACACUAUAAAACUCCUCGUGACCACACAGUCUUGAGGGCAUUAGCCUGCUCUGGCCCCCUUUGCCUGGAAAAGAAAUAACGGCUAUUCUUUUGUACUUCACCCAAAACGGUCUCCAUGUUUCUACUUGGCAUCGGUGAACAGAGGCCAAGUUUUGGCAACAUGACCUCACCAGGGCUUUGUUUUCAAUUGCUGGAUGCUCUUGAUUAAGUAGAAACAUGACUCUGAUAGAGACUUCGAAAAUGUUGCUGAGAGACCCUACCUCCAGAGAAAAUGUGGAAGAGGGGCAAUCUGCUCUUCUUACAAUAACUGGAAGACUCUCCAGGGGAAAAAUACUGUUUCUCUUAUCUCUGGGUCGCUUUUCAGCCAUGGCCAUCUCUCCUGGAUGUGGACCUUUUGUGGGAGAUUUUGGCAAUAGGGGAGGUGAAGAUUUCCGAAAGAAAUGCCUAGCAAUUAUAUCUCCUGUUACAUCUGCCAAGCUUUACUGCUGCAUCGUGAUUAUGUUUGUGCUUAUAGCCCUAAAUGUGGUGUUAUUUUCCGUUUGUGUGGCAGUGAGCAGCAGAAAGCCAGACUCACACGUUCUGUAUGUCCUCUGCCCAAAAGGAUGGAUUGGAUUUGGGUGUAAGUGUUUUUAUUUUUCUGAAGACUCAACGAAUUGGACAUUCAGUCAGACAUUUUGUACUUCACAUGAAGCUGUUCUUGCUCACUUUGAAACCAACGAGGAGCUGAACUUUCUGAAAAGAUACAAAGACCCUUUUGACCAUUGGAUUGGCCUUAGCAGAGAAUCAUCACUUCAUGCUUGGAAGUGGACAGACAACUCUACAUAUAAUACGUCGUUCGGCAUGACAGGAGAUGGGGAACGUGGCUACCUGAAUGACCUUGGAGUUAGCAGUGCCAGAAGUUAUACAGAAAGAAAAUGGAUUUGCAGCAAACAAAUAACGUCUCCAUGUCCUUAAAUUCUUCAAGUCCUUUUUAGGGAUCACACACCAUCCCUAAGAGAUGCAUUAAAAAUUGUUUUAUAAAUGUUUUAUAACAUUUUAUUAUAAAUGUUUAUAUAUACAUUAUAAACAGUUGCCCUAUUGCUUGCUCUGCCAAAAAUAUCAGGAAUAUUUAUUGAUAGUGUUUGGUAACCCCACAGAAGCAAACUAUACUUGCAUGAGAUAGGAAUUUGGAAGAGAUUCUAAAUUAAGUAGGUGUUAAAUAAUAUGAGUUGAUAUUUAUGUUUUGAACCCAUAAAUAUGAAAGAAUUCCCUUUUUUCCAUACAAACAGCAUUUUAUUUGCACACAUGGGACCACAAUAAUGAGUACGAUAGCUAAAACCAUGCACAAUUAUUUUAAUAACCAAUGAGAAAUAUUACAAUUGGUUAACACAUUCAAAAUUCCCUGACUGUCUGUUCCAAAUGUACAUGGUCACUUUGUUUGGACUUUCCUGGUGGCACAGUGGAUUAAAAAUCUGCCUGCCAAUGCAGCAGACACAGGUUCCAGCUCUGGUCCAGGAAGAUUCUGUACCCCACACAGCAGCUAGGCUCUUGUGCCACUACUACUGAGCCCGCUCUCUAGAGCCCAUGAGCCACAACUAUGAGCCCGAGAGCUACAACUACUGAAGCCUCACGCCUAGAACCUGUGCUCACUGCAGGAGAUGUCACCGCAAUGAGAAAUCCACACACCGCAGCGACGGUCCAGUGCAGCCAAAAAUUAAGAAUUAAUUAAGUAAAUUAAGAAAACAAAUAUAGAGAGAAAUUUUUAACGCUACUAAGACUAGGGACUUCCAUGGUGGAAGUCCAAUAAUAAUAAUAAUAAAUUAUCCAUUUACCACAAUAAGUAGGAAAUGAAAGAAAUCAUAAAAUUGGGUGGGGGGAGGGAAGCAAGCAAACAAACUAGAUUUUACAAGCUGAAAUGAAUAUCAAAGAUCCCACAUGCUGCAACUAAGAUCUGGGGCAGCCAAAAAAUUUCAAAAAUUACUAAGACUAAUCUUUAUUUCAGACUCCAUAUUUUAAGGCAUUAGAAAUACUGUAAAGGUGCCUUUUAUGCUUUGCUUCUCAGUGUUUCUGUUUUAUUUUUUUUUUCUAUUUCUUUUUUUUUUCCCCAUUUUAUUAGUUGGAGGCUAAUUACUUUACAAUAUUCUAGUGGUUUUUGUCAUACAUUGACAUGAAUCAGCCAUGGAUUUACAUGUAUUCCCCAUUAUUACAGUGUGCUAAGUAAAUAUUAUAUCUAUAAACAAAUACCAAUCUGUUUUUUACACUAUUGGAUUUUAAAAAUCCUGCUUUCACCCCAUUUAAAUCAAAAAUAAUGAAUUGCCUCCUCUCAUUACCCGUGUGAUACUCAGUCUCACAAAUGUUUAUGUAUGAUUGAGGUUUAGAAACAGACUGUUUUAGAUUUUUACAGUAUGAGCUGCACUGUACUGAUGAGUCCAGAAAUGGACUAAAUAGCAAUUUAUAAUACAUCUUCUGUCUUUAUGUAUUGGGUUGUCCAGUGAAUAAAUCUUACAGAAUAGAAAAUCCAAAUGACAUUCUUGGCCAACCCAGUGCUUCCAUUUUUCCCAUCUUAGUGGUGUGCUUCCCAGUUUCUUCUUUUUUUUUUUUUUUUAAUUUUGAUCUACCACCAUAUUCCAAUAAACAUUGUGUUAAUUUUAGGUGUGCAGCAGGGUGAAUCCACUGGACAUGUACAUGUAUGCACGCUUUUUUAGAUUCUUCCCCACAGGAAUUGACGCAGUAUAGAGUUUCCCUGGGCAAUGCAUUAUUCCUGACCAAUUAUCGAUUUUACAGAGAGUGCUGUGUGUCUGUCAGUCUCCGUCUCCCAAUUUAUCCCUCCACACCCCUUUACACCCCUUUACCACCUGGUAACUCUAAGUUUGAUUUCUAUAUCUAUGACUCUAAUUCAGUUUUGUAGAUAAGUUCAUUUGUACCCUUUUUUAGAUGCCAUGUAUAAGCGAUAUCGUAUGUUUGCCAUCAAUUUCUCCUUGUAAUUUAAUUUAAUUUUGAAGAUAUUUAGUUUUGUAUCUAUUUAUAUAUAUUAUAUAUUUAUAUUAUAUAUAAUAUAUAUAAUUUUAUAUACUUUAAAUUAUGUACUUGAUGCUUUUUGUCUUAGAGUUCCUUUUACCUCAGGUUUUGUAAGAUGAAUGAAUUAUGUCUAGUUCACCUCCGUGUCCUCAGAGACUAGUACAGCGUCUCAAGUACAGAAUGUAUAAACAUACCUGUGAAUAUAUAAUGUCUUCCUGACUUUGAGGUGCUGCUCUGUUUGCCUGGUUUCUGCUAAUUUUGUCAUAAAGAAAGAUAAAUUUUCACAGAAAUCUGGAAAGUAAAAUAAAGCAAUCAGUAAAAUUUA